AUGAUCCCUAAAAUUACCAAUUUUGGAAGAUGUAAGCAUCUCCAUGCAGAGAAUAAUGCUGAAGGCAGUAUCUCCGACCCAGGGGUGAUCCCUGCAGAUUUUGAGUGGUAUCCAAUAGAAAUUCUUCUGGAUUUGGAUCAUCCAUACAUCUGUUGUAAAACUAGCAGCUACAUGCUAGCAAUGCUCUGCUGGCAAAUGUUCAAUGAAAUGAGUCCAAAGGAUAGAAGAAGGCCUUUUGGUU